CUCAUCGCAUCUUUUCGAGGUUCAGGAACAGUGAAGGACGAUUACAAAUUGAGAAUCGUCUCGUGGCGAGCUCUACGCACGGAAUGUGCUAUAUAAGCUGUAGUCAGACGGAGCCAGCAUCAGAAUUAUGACAGCAAAUACACCACAAAUUUGUUCGCGGCUACCAUCCCAGCCCAACUACGGUCCUUAUCGUGAGACACGCAUCCCAAUCUAAUCGUGUACCUUGUGUUUCUCUCCAAUGGGUGUACUCGUCGACCACCUAUACCAGACAUGGAUGAAAUGGAACCCCAUACCCCUUCCGCCACCUGAUACAUUCUCAGGACAGACCGCAGUGGUGACCGGCGGCACCGGCGGUCUCGGUCUGGCCGCGGCGACACAUCUGAUCAAUCUGGGCGCAUCUGAGGUUGUUAUCUCGAGCCGGAACCCAUCGCGCUCACGGAAGGCCUUGGAAGCGCUCGAAAAAGCCACAGGAGGGAAGAGUAGCGGCAAGGUGAAAGUGCUCGAGCUGGAUAUGGAAAGUUACGAAAGUGUCGUCAGCUUUGCAAACAAGGUCAACGAUGUUAAGAGAGGUUUGGGGGGUGUUGAUGUCGUGAUUUUGAAUGCAGGUACCAUUGGUACUGAUCCCAUAAUUGCGAAAGAAGGAUGGGAACAGAAUAUCCAGGUCAACACGCUUUCCACCGUUCUUCUCGCCUCUCUCCUCUUACCACAGAUGAAGUCCGAGAGAACGAAUCGCUCAACGCCAGCCCACCUCAGCAUUGUAGGAUCGAUGCGCUUCGUGGACCCGGAUAUCACCGAGUGGGCAACCUGGCAGUCGGAGAAGAACGAGGGCGUACUCGAGCACCUGAGCAAGCCUCCGAACUGGCCUGGACCGCAGCCCAUGUACGCAGCCACCAAGCUGCUGGUCGCGUAUGCUUUCCGGGAACUAGUCGAGCGGGCAAUCGGCGCUGACAGCCACAGACCGGAGGUGAUACUCAACAUCUUGUGUCCGGGCGCCGUCAAGACGGACCUCGCGCGCAACUUCAGAGAUAAGAGCGUCGCCUUCGUCAUUCUGGUAGAGGUCUUUCAAACACUAUUUGGCAAGUCACCCGAGGACGGCGCGAGGACGUACAUGGCCAGUGUGACUACCAGUGAAAGCGAACAUGGCAAGUUUGUCCAGUUCUACAAAAGUGAGAGCCAGAUGAAGGUUUUAGAAAGAAAAGUGAUUACAUCGGCUGCGGGACGGGCAAUGCAGACUCAGGUUUGGAAAGAGAUUACUGCCGAGCUGGUAGCCAAGGCUCCAGAGACGAGUGCGUUUUUGCAAUGAUAUUUGCAUAACCAUAGUUUUAUUGGAUAGUCUAAUAACACUUAUAUUUCAACAACUCUCGAGUCUGCUUGAUCCUUUGCGCCUGGCUUUUCAUCGAGACGUGCCCUUGAGCAGAUGCCAUAUAGUUGGUGGCUUA